AUGGGUCACGUCCAAGUUCUCCUAUUCGUUGUGACGAGCGCGUCCGCCCUCGCGGCUCUCACCGCCAUCUUCUCGGCCGUCCACGUGAUGACCGACAUCAGCAGCUUCCAGGACGAGGUGCUCUCCGAUCUGAGCAGCUUCAAGCAGUACGCCGACGACGCGUGGGGAGUGAUGGUCCAAACCGGAGACUCGCCAGGAUUCCGUUUCGAUCAGAUCACCGGCAGAGUUCGUAGACAGUACGCGACUGGAGCGAGCGGAGGAGGCGGAGGAUGCCAGUGCGCCGCCCAGGCUUCUGGCUGCCCUGCUGGACCACCAGGAGCACCAGGACAGGACGGAGCCCCGGGAGAACCCGGAACCCCUGGAGAGGACGGACAGGCUGGAGGAGCUGGAGUCGCUGAUAAGCACGCCUCUGCCGGACAGUGCAUCACUUGCCCAGCCGGACCACCAGGACCACCAGGACCAGAUGGAUCUGCAGGACCAGCCGGACCAGCAGGAAACCCUGGAGCAGACGGAGCCGGAGGAAGCCCUGGAGCAGCAGGACCAGCUGGAUCAUCAGGACCACCAGGACCAGAUGGAAAUCCAGGAGCCCCAGGAGGCGACGGAGCUCCAGGUGCCCCAGGAACUCGCUCUACCAGUUCUCCAGGACCCGCCGGACCAGCCGGACCUCCAGGGCCACCAGGACCUGACGGAGCUCCCGGAGGUGGAAGCGGACCAGGACCAGCGGGACCAGCGGGACCACCAGGACCAUCCGGAAAUCCAGGAUCUGCCGGAUCGGACGGACAGCCAGGAGGACCAGGACAAGACGGUGCGCCGGGAAGCGACGCCGCCUACUGCCCAUGCCCACCAAGAAGCGGAGGUGGAGCUGCCGGCGGAGGAGGUGGCAACCCGUGA